UUUUUUCUCUUCUCGUUUCCCUUCUUUCGUUUUUCGUUUAUCCUCGUGUCGCGACGCGCGCUCCGACACUCGACUGAACAAACUGCAAAGAGAGCAGAGAAUAUCCCCCGAGAGAUAACGGGGAGGGGUUACCCGCGUUUCUUUCUCUUUACGCUAUUGCGAAACUCGUUCGAAGUAAAAUUGAGUUUAUAUUGUGUAUGCGUGUCGUUACGUGUGGUAGCCGGGAGUUGACGGUAGACCGUUAACUUUUAAUACAGCGAAGGUAAUUGCAGCUGGAAUAUCGUCGUUUGUCGUUCUUUUACUACUACCAACGAUCAUACACGAGUUGACUUUUGUUUGCCGGAAAAAGAGAACGCGGUGUGUGCACUACCGUCGUAGCUGUAAGAGAGAUAAAUAUCAUCAUCGAGUGCGAAGAAGUAUAUCAGCACUGCGGAGUUUGGAUUUCGAAACCGUUUGGAAUUAUUAUAGACAUUCCGCGGCUCUGCGGAUAGCUAUAGAUGAAUUAUUACGUAGUGGGGAUCGCGAUACGUAGAAGAAGAAAAACUCUGUUUAAAAGAAAAUCAGAGUGUGUCUCGCUCUCUUGGAACUGCGAAUUAUUAUUUAUUGGAUGGGUAAAAAAGACUGCGUCGCAAAACGCUGAACAAAUAUUUGUCGAGUCGUAAAGAGUAACGAACCUACGGUACGGCACGCGGUGUGGGUACAUUCAAUUUAGUGGAGAUUAGGGCGUAAGCAAAUUUUGUUUGCUCGUACGUCGAUACAACCCACAGCUGUUACUACUUCGAAAUACUCGCGAACCUGUAAAAGCGCAAAACGUGAGACGCUUCUUACGGGGAGGCCGUCUUGACAACGGAAGAAGAAAUCGUGUAACGACCCUGUUUCGCGUCCGUUCGGUUCGGAUCAUCGCUCUCGCAAAAAGGCUUCUCGAAAGUUUUGUUAACUUUCCGUUCUGUUUUUCUUUAGUUAUUAUCCUGUUACUACUCGCUUUCAGACGUCGUUGACGCCAACUUAUCACCCCGACGAAGAAUCCAGACAGAUAGCAAAAUGUCAAAUGGUAGAGUGAUAGUGGUGCGAUGCGAUUGCUCUUUCACAACGAGGGAAAUACCAUUUCAAGCCAACUAACGCUUUCGUAUACACGGUUUACGAUCGUCGUCCCGAAUCGUCGGUUUCACGAUUCCCACCUACAAACAUCGCUGCUACCGCUGCACAAAUCGCAGCGGCGAUUGAUUCUUCCUCCUCUUCUUCGACUCCGGUGUUACCAAAUUUGUGCUCUUCGAAUAUCCCGAUUUCAUCGUGCAGAGGAAACGAGAUUGGGAUCCUCUCUAGCGAAGUGCCGAGUUUAUACAGUGUCAACCUUCGCCAACGUUCCAGGAACACUGACCCAAAGUUUGUAAUCACUUGCAUCUCGUCGUGAGAAUUAUCGAUCCUCGACGUUCGGACGACCGCGAGAACUCCGAAGGUUCGGAGUGAAGGAAGACGUGAUUUGAAAUGAAUUUUGUCACCGACAGUGCCAGACGAAAGGUUGUGUUAAACGCGAGUGAAAGUAGUGUGGUUAUGCAUUGCUUUUUUUGGAUUAGAAAAAACACGUCCGAUUAUGCAGUUAAAGAAAGCAAUGCUUAAGAUAUUUGAUCAAUGAAAAGACAGUGCGAAGUGGAAGUGAAGUGGAGUGAAGAAAGUGGUCAUCCGUGAUGGGUAUGGGGCAAACGCUGAGCAUGUGUAGAGACGUCAACGCCUGCUUAGACCGAAAGAGCCUGCAUCUGCGGAGCAUAGAGGAGCCCAGGAUGACUGCGGAGACGGCGGCGCCAUGCGUUCAGGGAGUCAGCAACAUGGGCUCCGUCUCCCAGACCGGUCAGGAUGGCGGUGUACACGUGAAAUCUUACUAUUCCAACGUAUCGUCGACACCGGCCAUCUAUGACCCAGAAUAUGCACGCAUGGAGGCCUGGCUCGACGAACAUCCAGAUUUCGUCACCGACUACUUUCUCAGGAAGGUGACUCGGCAGACGGUAGAUUUGUGGCUGGUCUCGCACGCGACGCCUACUUCGGGUACCGGUAGCUGCAUGGAACUGUCAAGUCCCACGCACGCCGGUGCCCCUUCCUCUUCGAGCCGGGGUGGUUCGGGGGCGACCACGCCGGUUAGAAAAAUAUCGGCACAUGAAUUCGAACGCGGUGGACUUUUGAAGCCCAUUGUGAACACUAUCGACGGAACGCCGACGUUUCUGAGCGUUUCCGGCGAACCGGGACAACCGGGUAACCAGCAAGUCGGAGCGGGAACGCCCGGACGACCCCAGCGUCGAUCGAGGCACGAACUUCGACAUCUCGACGAAAAGGAUCUGAUAUUCGAACUGGUCAAGGACAUCUGCAACGAGUUGGACGUGAGGUCUUUGUGUCACAAGAUUCUGCAAAAUGUUAGCACCCUUCUGCACGCCGACAGAGGAUCGUUGUUUCUAGUCCAGGGUGAAAGAGGCGGUGGUUGCACGCCACAUCAUAAUCACGAUACUUCUGGUGCUCAGGGGAAUAACGGACACACCAGGAACCACUCGUAUUCGAGGAGCCGGUGUUUAGUCUCGAAGCUAUUCGACGUCUGUUCGAGGUCCACCCUGUUGGAGAUGGAGAAAAAGGAGGAGAUCAGAAUACCCUGGGGAACGGGAAUUGUCGGGUACGUUGCCGAGAGCGGAGAACCCGUCAAUAUCCCCGACGCGUACAAGGACGCUAGAUUUAACCGAGAGAUCGACGCUUUAACGGGGUACAGAACGAGAGCGUUACUGUGUAUGCCGAUAAAAGACUGUAGCGGGGAUGUAAUCGGGGUUGCUCAGGUGAUCAACAAACUCGGUGGAGAGGGUCAGUUUACCGUACAAGAUGAGAAGGUAUUCGCCGGUUACCUGCAAUUUUGCGGUAUCGGAUUGAGGAACGCACAAUUAUACGAGAAGAGUCAGCUGGAGGUGAAGAGGAAUCAGGUACUGCUCGAUCUAGCCAGAAUGAUAUUCGAGGAACAAAGUACCAUCGAGCACAUGGUAUUCAGAAUUCUGACGCACACCCAGUCGCUGAUUCAGUGCCAACGAGUUCAGGUACUCUUAGUGCACAAGGCGUCAAAGGGCAGCUUCUCACGGGUCUUUGACUUUGAGGCUAGCGACCUCGCCGGAGAGGACUCGGAUUCCCGCACUAGUCCGUUUGAAAGUAGAUUUCCAAUCAACGUUGGAAUCACCGGUUACGUGGCGACAACAGGCGAGACGGUGAAUAUUCCCAAUGCUUACGAGGACUCGAGAUUUGACCCGUCGGUCGACGACGGCACGGGGUUCCGGCAUCGUGGUAUUCUCUGUAUGCCGAUAAAAAAUUCAUCCGGACAAAUUAUAGGCGUUAUUCAGCUUAUAAACAAGUUCGAUGAUCUCGCAUUUACUAAAAAUGACGAGAAUUUCGUCGAGGCAUUCGCCAUUUUCUGCGGCAUGGGCAUCCACAACACGCAUAUGUACGAAAAGGCUGUGAUAGCGAUGGCAAAACAAAGUGUCACCCUGGAGGUGCUAAGUUACCACGCUUCAGCGUCUCUGGAAGACGCGUUAAGACUAAGGCAGGAGCUGCGCGUACCUUCGUCAGCGCAUUUCCAGUUACACGAUUUCAAAUUCGACGACAUUCACAUGGAGGAUGACGAGACACUGGCCGCCUGCCUAAGGAUGUUCUUGGACUUGGAUUUUGUCGAACGGUUUCACAUCGACUACGAAGUGUUAUGCCGAUGGCUGUUGAGCGUUAAAAAAAAUUACCGAAACGUUACGUAUCACAACUGGCGGCACGCCUUCAACGUCGCUCAAAUGAUGUUCGCCAUACUGACGGCCACGCAGUGGUGGAAAAUAUUCGGUGAAAUUGAAUGUCUUGCGUUGAUAAUCGCCUGCCUUUGUCACGACCUCGAUCACCGGGGAACCAACAAUUCCUUCGAAAUAAAAGCGUCCUCGCCGUUGGCACAAUUGUACUCGACGUCGACGAUGGAACAUCAUCAUUUCGAUCAAUGUUUGAUGAUUCUCAGCAGUCACGGCAAUCAAAUUCUAGCGAAUGUCUCGCCGGACGAGUAUUCGCGCGUUGUCAAAGUAUUGGAAGAGGCCAUUCUCUCGACCGAUCUCGCCGUUUAUUUUCGCAAGAGAACUGCUUUCCUCAGUUUAGCCCGAGGUGGUUCUUACAAUUGGGCUUUCGGGGAACACAGAGAAUUACUGCGAGGCAUGUUGAUGACGGUAUGCGAUUUAGCAGCCAUCACCAAACCUUGGGAGGUAGAAAAACGAGUCGCCGAACUUGUCAGCAGUGAAUUUUUCGAACAAGGCGACAUCGAGAGACGGACAUUGAAUAUAACUCCGAUUGACAUUAUGAACAGAGAAAAGGAGGACCAACUCCCGAUGAUGCAGGUUGGCUUCAUCGAUUCCAUUUGCCUCCCGAUAUACGAGGCAUUCGCACUUUUGUCGGACAAACUUGAGCCGUUGGUAGAGGGAGUAAGAACGAAUAAACGUCAUUGGAUCGAGAUUGCCGAGUCAACGACUAACGAGUGUACGAAUCACUGUACCAACCACGAUAGGUCUACACCGUCGGUUGAAUCUCCAUCGGAAACAUCGGACGUCGAAGAUUCGAAUGUUCAAGAAAUCGAACAGUAGAUAUUAUUAGGGAUGUCCGCGUUUGUUCUUCAAUCUUUAACGCCGUCCCCGUGGUCCAGCUUAAUCCGUUAAGCUUUUUACACAGAGUGAUGUCAAGAUUGAGGUUUUUCAACUCACAAUCAGACCAAAAGCGACACAUGGGAUCGAAGCGGGUCGCCUGUUUUGAUCUAGAGAAUCUACGCAACUGCGCAACGUUUGACUGAAUCUUUCAGUCACAUCAGAUGAUGCUUAACCGGCGGUAAGAAUACCAUCUUUCCGAUUUUGGAAUAAUUUUUUUUGUUUCCUUCAAAUGACCGGGUGUUCGAUAAGCGUCUAAGCGGAUGCGUAGCUCGUCGCAGAGUUUAAAGCUCGCUAAACGCGGGAGUUCAUUUGGGACCACAAUAGUAUCGAGUUGUCAUAGUCGCCGGGUAAAUAAUUGCUCUCAUAUAUAUGAUUAGAAAUAUAUGCGCGCUGGGUGCCGUCCAUUUCUUUUAUUAAUUUCAUUAUUGAAUUUAGACCCUGCGUAGACCGCUGAGCCCAGUUAACGCGCGGCAUCGGAUGCGAUAAUGAAAAGCAAAACCUGAUAUCGACUGACAAAAAGACUUAAUUCUCGGCUCGCUCGGUGCAACAGCAGCGAUAGUAUUGAAACGGCUAUGAUGCGCUAGGCACGACUUAAGCAUAUCUUAAGUUUUUAAGUGUACAUAGAAUUGAAUUAUUGAAUCGGUUUCCUCUAAAAUGAGCAACGUCUAAUGAGUGAGUGAAUCGCCGGAUCGUGUGAUUUUAACCAAAUUUCAAAAUUGAAAAUAUUACCUAUUUAAUGAGAAAAUAUAAAUAACCACUCUUUUUCAAUUGAAAGGCUGCAGAUAGGCGGGUGAGAAAAUAAUUUUCAAAAUAUUUUAUUAAAUAUUAUAAUAAAUAGGUAUAUGCUCUCUGUCGCGGUGCUCUGCAAAUUUACCUGUCAGAAUAAUGUCAGUGCACCAAUUAUUUAUUUAAUGUUAAUAUUAAUAUGAUGAAUAAACGUAUACAUAACUGUUCCAACGGUUUAUUGCACUCCUACGUAUGUAUUUUAAUCGAAGAGACAGAAUUCGCAAGAGGAAAUAUUCUGAAAAUAAAAGAUGAAAGAAUAUUUAUGAACAAAUAAAUAAUUUACAAAAUUUACAAAAAGUGUUUUGUACACGACAAAACAAUAAUAUCACCAGAAAAUAUCACACCAAAGAUAACACACAAGAAAAAAAUAAAGAAAACGAGAAUAAUAAUAAUAAUAUUAAUGAUAAUUAAGUCGGGAUCAUCAACGACUUUUCAAUAAUUUAUCCAUGAUUACAUGAAACGGUGUAAUUUAUUCAAAGAAAUAACCUGAUUGAAUGAGCAUGUAGAAAAUGCUACUUUUGUACCUGAUUGUAUUUUAUACAGCCAUGCAGCGGACCGUUGGAGCCAAGUAAUUAGUAGUUUGAAUUAUUAUUGUAUACAUAAUAUAACAUAGUAUAAUAUAACAUGAUAUAAUAUAUAUAUAUAGAAAAAUGAUAAAAAUUGACGAAGUUUUAUAUGUACACAAAAAUCUAGGGAAUAGGCACGCUGGAUGCGCAAAGAUGUUCAUUUUUAAUUAGUUAUAACGAGAAUCAAAAAGAAGAAAAAACCACAAAAAAAAAAAAAACUGAUGAAUAAAUAAAAAUAUUCUUAAUUAAUAUAUGUAUAAUAAUAAUAAUCAACCAAAGUGUAUAUUUAUGUACCGAAAGAAAUGAAGCCGGGACGGGGCAAGUGCUACCGACCUGCCCUGUCCAACCCUCGCAUGGACCACGUCCGUUUCAAUUAUUUCUAAUAAACUUGUGCUGUAUUAGUAGCAAAAAUGAACGCACGAACGCGAACACGUACACCUACAAUUCAACGCACGGUUCACGCACUCCGCUAUAUUGUAACUAUAACACAUACUUUUUCUACCUACAAGUAAAACGUAUGACCCCCUAAAAAUUUGAUGAAAAACAUCUCAACCACUGGCCAUCAGAUGUGGGGCAGAAACCUCCUUAGUUUGAAAUUCAAUGGCAGAGGGACAAUCUUACUGGGUUGCCUGAAGAACACUUUCCAACUAAUUGAGAUGAAAAUUAUCUAUACGGAUCAAGAAACAUUAUGGACGAAAAAACGAAUUCUUUGAGAUUUACGAGGAACUUCGAAGGCAGAUUUCAGGACUAGACUUAAAAGUAAAAUUCCCCCUCCCAAAUAAGCAACGCUCGUAACAAAAUGUUUGAGUUCCUCUGCGCGUACGGGUGGAUUGCGUGUUCUUUACUUAUACGUUGUGUCUUUCAUGUUCCUUUUUAUUUCUGUAUGGGGUAUCUUGAUAUAAUAUAUGAGUUUUGCUGUUUCCUUUAGUGCUUUCUAUUUAUGUUCUGCCUUUUUCUUCCUGUCUCCAACCACACGUGACGGUGGAUCGAUAUUCGUCAUUAUACAUAUAAAUACGGGCGUCAUUGUGCGCAGACUAAGAAACAGAAAACACAAUAUUAUUAUUAAUUUUAAUUCAUACAUUAUGUACAGUUUAUGUAAAUUAUUCAUGUGGAUGAUAUGAGGAAACAGAAGAAGAAAGUAUAUACACAAUAUAUAGCGCUAAUUCGAAUAAAAUCAUGAUGAAUUAUAUACAUACUUCUGAUAUGUAAAUGAUAUCUAAUAUAUUGAAAUGAAAAGAAAAAAUAAAA